GGGUGCUGGUCUAGACUCGACUUAUUUUUGGUUCGGCCCCCGUGGACGCGCCGUUGGUUAUUCCACGCCUCCACCGAGCCGUGGUUUCAACCGAAUCAACCACCAUUUUUUCCUCUUUUUUUUUCUCCCGCCUCGCUCCCCCAUAUUAUUAUCCGUCUUUGACACCCCAUUAUUCAUAGUUUGCUCGUACUUCCCUUCUCAUUCGUUGCUGUCUCUUAUAUUGCCGGACGCCUCCGGAUUGCUCGGUAGUGAUUCCAUUCUCCUGCGUUUUUCCAAUCGCACCCCAUUUUCCUUUCCUUCACCCACCUCCUGGUUUGACAGAUCCUGAUUGUCCGCGCAGCUGGCUGCCCGGACCUUUCCAAUGUCGGAGUCACCCCGCGACGAUCCAUCCUACGAGCUCCUGGGGCGCCAGAACAGCUGGGAUGGGAAUGACGACACCUUAGUCCCGCGCGAGAAUGGCGAGCCAUCAGCGCACUCCCACCCCGAGGGCCACCACGAUGAGCCCUCAGAAGCUCAAGCUCAGACUCAAGCUUCUGCUGCUGCUGAGGACGCCCCCAACGAAGCAAUUAGACCUGCCCGGGUCAGAUUUCGCUCGGUCAGCAACCACAACGAAGGGGUGCCGCAACGCCCCUCGAUGAUGCCGCGUGCAGAUUCCGACUACUCUCUCCGUUCCUUCCAUUCCGUUGUACCAACGGACCAAUCUGCCGAUCUUGCUGAUUACUUCGAGCGAGAUCCCGAGGAUACGGCCUCGGACGGUAGAGAAGAGGAGAACACCAACAAACGCUCCUCACCCGCAGUCGAAGAAUCCCGGGACUCUUCGCUCGAGAAAGAUGCGCCGCAGGAACCCAUCUCAGCCAGGGACCGCUGGAAGAACGCCAGUAAAUUGAUCCGCCAGAAAACGGUGCUCCUAGGCGAGCGUCUGGGCCGACCCCUCGAUGACGUUGGUGACUUGGGAGCAGCCAUGUUACCGGAUGAUCUCGAGGGAGGCUAUCCACCACGCCGCAGGACCGACGAGAAAGAUGCCUUCGAUCCGCAUGCCCGCGAUGGGGAUGAACCGCCUCCCCCCCCUAGCGCCGAAGCCCAUCGACUCGUUCGCAGCAUGACCCAGCAUAACAUGCACCAACGCCGCAAGCCCAAGUCUGCAUAUGCCAAGUCUGGACAGGAGACCCCCGACGGGCUAGGUCGUCCGGACUCGUGGUACGGUGCCGGAACCCCUGGGAACCGCGGCGGUGGGGGCAUUCUCUCCCAGCUGCUCAAGUUGCAUGCCACUCAGGCCAACCGCGACAACAUGUCCGUUACCACCGACUCUUCGGAUAACGAGUCCGUGGUCUCCUCGGGCACGGCGACUCCGAGGCGCGACUUCUCCGCGGGCACGUUUUCGUCGGGCACCGCUACGCCCAAGAAAGAGAAGGUGAAAUGGUACAAGAAAUCCAGCCAUCAGUCCACCGCUUCCCUGGUGGAGGCGUCGAUGAACCUGAGCCGGGCAAGUUUGCCGGCCUCGGCGGACACUCUGGUGAACAUUGCGCCUAAGAAGGGAAAGAAGAAGCGCAAGACCCGCCUCGAGGACGAAAUCCGCGUCACAGUGCAUAUCGCUGAGAUCCUUGCCCGCCAACGGUAUAUCAUGCAGCUUUGCCGUGCCCUCAUGCGGUACGGCGCCCCCACUCACCGUCUGGAGGAGUACAUGCAGAUGACGGCGCGCGUGUUGGAGGUUGAGGGGCAGUUCCUGUAUCUGCCGGGGUGCAUGAUCAUGUCCUUUGACGAUUCCACCACGCGCACAGCGGAGGUGAAGCUGGUCCGCGUGGUGCAGGGAGUGGAUCUGGGUCGCUUGGCGGAAACGCACAACGUCUACAAGAACGUCGUCCACGACAUGAUCGGCGUGGAGGAAGCCAUUCAGGAGCUCGAUUUCAUCAUGAAACGUCCCCCGCGGUUCAACAAGUGGAUCCUUGUUGUCACUUACGGUUUGGCCAGUGUUGCCGUCGGUCCCUUCGCCUUCGAUGCCCGACCCAUCGAUAUGCCGAUCAUCUUCUUCCUCGGGUGCCUGGUUGGUUUCAUGCAACAUGUGCUGGCCCCUCGGUCGGUGCUUUACUCCAACGUUUUCGAGGUCACGGCCGCGAUCUUGACGUCAUUCCUCGCCCGCGCGUUUGGGUCCAUCUAUGCCACCAUCGACGGGGAACGGCAACGCCUGUUCUGCUUUUCUGCGUUGGCUCAGUCCUCGAUCGCCCUGAUCCUGCCUGGUUUCAUGGUGCUGUGCAGCAGUCUGGAACUGCAGUCGCAUCAAAUGAUUGCCGGUUCAAUCCGUAUGGUCUACUCCAUCAUCUACUCCAUGUUCCUCGGGUAUGGCAUCACGGUCGGGACCACCAUCUAUGGGCUGAUUGACGCCAACGCUGCCACCUCGACAACCUGUUCAAACGAGGAUGUGUGGUACAGCAAGUACAUUCAGCAUUUCAUCUUCGUCCCGAUCUAUGUGGUCUUCUUGGCGAUCAUCAACCAAGGCAAGUGGAAACAGGUGCCGGUGAUGAUCGUCAUCGCGGUCUGUGGCUACGUAACCAACUACUUCAGCACAUUGAAACUGGGAUCCAACUCGGAGGUCGCAAACACGGUCGGCGCGUUUACCAUCGGUCUGUUGGGUAACCUGUACAGCCGACUAUGGCACGGUCACGCCGCCACCGCCAUUCUCCCGGGUAUCUUUGUGCUCGUGCCCUCCGGACUGGCCUCCAGUGGAUCCCUCCUCGCCGGUAUCCAGUACGCCGAGGAGGUGCGCAACAACCUCAAAUCGGGCAACACCACAUCGACCGACAGUACCUCGGACUCGUCGAUCGCCAGUCUGGGUUACGGUAUGAUCCAAGUCGCGAUCGGCAUUACCGUGGGUCUCUUCAUUUCCGCAUUGAUUGUCUACCCCUACGGCAAGCGCCGCAGUGGUCUGUUCAGCUUCUAGAUAUAUACACCAGCGUUUAUGCGUUCUAUGUUUUGUUAUGUUGCCUUGGAUGCGAUGACUUUCGGGUAUAUUGUGUGAUUUGCAUUUGAGCCAGCUUUGCAUAGAGAGGAUAUUUUUUCUUAUUGACUUUUGGUUGGACCAUUGCAGCGCAAUGUACGACCCAGCACUUUCUUGUUUAUACCGGGUUAGAGUUAACAUAAUCUUGGAUUGGACGUGUAUCCUUGGAUCGGGAGAUCCUUCCAGAACUCAAUUGAAUCUGUA